AUGGGAGCGGCCGCGGCAUCCCUGCCCCACAGAAACGAACACGCUGCGGCGGCGGGAGGAGGAGGCCGCAUCGCGUCCAGGUGCAAUGUAUCGCACGAGCUGGAGUCGCUCAUCAUCCGUGGCGCCACCGCCGCCGCCGGUGCAUCGGACCGCUGUGGGCCACACGGGGACGACGACACCGCCGCUGUGAACGCGGAGCUUCUCCGAGUCGCCAUGAUACGCGGCGGGUUGAUCGCAUCCGCUGCACCCCCGGCCGAUUCUAGUGGAUUCGCCUCGCCGCCUGUUACUACCGGCGCCCAGCAGCAGUGGUCAGCGGAGGAGGCGCGGCGGAAGAGGCCGCGGGAGUCAGAGCCACCGGCAGAGCACCCUAAACCCUAUAAAGCAGAGCAGAGCUAUAAAGUGGGUCGACUCAGAGUCAUGACGAGGACCGCCGCCGCGCCUCCCAUUCCUGAGCCACCUCAGUUGCCGUGCAACACUAUCACAUCAAAUAGCAACCGUACUGGACCGCACAGCACCGGUCUCCUUCCCCGAGCACCGCGUACUUGGAGCCAGCACGGCGAGGCCGAGGCGCAGCUUUCCGGGGAAAGGGACCUGCAGCGCAGAUCUCCUGUGGAAGGGACCUUGCCCGGCCCGUGGGUUGGUACCAGCAGCGCUGGUAGUCCCACCAUCGCCCUCGCGGAGGUCCCAGCCGCACAGAAUGCUGCCAGUGGCAAACCCGAAGGUUUCACUCCCCGAGCGGAGGCACUAGCAGCUGCUUGCAGUUGGGAUGGGCGGCUGCUGGGGGAAUCUGGCCAGGGCGUGGGGGGUGGGGCAGGGGAACGAAGAGGGGGUGGCAGGGAGAGUGGGGAGAGUGGGGGAAAGGCGGGAAGGGCUGAAAGUUGGCCGUUUCGCUUUGAGGGAAACGGGGAGCGUGUGGAUAGUGGGGGGGAGAAUGCAAGCACCGUGUCCACCCUCCCAAAGGCCCCGGAACCACACAUAUCCUCAAAAACUUUUGCCGCCAUUCCCUCCGCAGCCGAUGCUGCCACCACACCACCUCUUUCUUCUCCCUUUCAAAGCACACUCUCUCUGAGCUUCUCGCCUGCCAACCCCCACCAUGCCGUAACCCCCUACCCAAGCAGCAGUGCUCCCGCCCAUUCCACUGCAGCCGCAUCUGUUGCGAGAAACCCGGGAUCAGGCAGAGGCCUUGAGGUGAGCUGUGAGGCGCCUCAAAACGCAUCUCUUGCGAGGAACCCGGGAUCAGCCAGAAGCCCGGCGUGUGGGUCAGUGGAUCUGUCCCUUCGUUUGGGGUUGAGCCUAGAGCGAGAAGAGAAAGAGGCAGAAGAGAAAGAGGCAGAAGAGAAAGAGGCAGAAGAGAAAGAGGCAGAAGAGAAAGAGGCAAAAGAGAAAGAGGCAAAAGAGGAAAAGGCUGCAGGGGGGGAUGAUGAGGGAGGUGCAGGUGGAGCAGACGAGCAAAGGGGAGUGUCGUCCUGGAGAUUGUUAUCCAUGCCAGGCCAUCAGUGGUACGCCCCUUAUGGGGGAUGCACCUCGUGUGACGCCAGUGAGAGCAGGGGCAGAAGUGUUUACGAUGAUCAUGCGCUGCUUUACCAAGUCAACCUGGAGCGCCAAAUGAGGGGCGAGAGGGGGGUGAGGGGCGAGAGGGGGGUGAGGGGCGAGAGAGGGGUGAGGGGCGAGAGAGGGGUGAGGGGCGAGAGAGGGCGUGAGGAGUCUUCUGCCUCUGUUGCUGCUGCUGGUAGCCCGGUGGAGAACAUCUCCCUUAGUGAGAGCAGGGGCAGAAGGGUGUAA